GAAUGGACGAAUGAAGUACGUAAGGCACUCUUGUUUUAUCACGGGGGAGAGACAGACAGAGAAAGAGCUGUUUUUGGCCAUACAGAUGAUCUGAUAAUUCGCAGUCAUGAUUGAUUAUAUACAUUUUGGCAUAUUUAUGUUUUCAUAUUAUUUUUCUCCCAACACUUUCCUUUUUAAAACUCAUUUUUCUUAUAUUGCUUUCUGUUUUCAUGGAAGAUAGCAUAACUAGUGCUACUGCAACAUCGCCUGCAAUGUCAACACCAAAAAACCAUACACAUCAUCGUUUCCAUUCCGUGCCUCAACAUAAACCCAACCUUUCCUUCAACUCCUUUGUCAUAAUCAUCGCGUCAAUCAUCUCGAUUCUCGUUGUUUUCGCAAUCUUUCUACUUAUAGUAAUGUUUCGUAGACUUAAAUCUGUCAGAAAACAUGAUGACAGUUGCAAUGAAAGUGGUAGCAUUAACAAUGGUACCAGUAGCAGGUUCAUUGCUCAUACUACUAUAAGCUUGAAUUGUAGUCCUGAUGUGAAGGCAAGGUGUCUAUAUGGAGGAAGCAUCCGUACACCUCCAAGUAGGUAUGGUGGGGUCCAAGUUUUUACUUACAAAGAGUUGGAGCUAGCAACUGAUAAGUUCAGUGAGGCAAACGUGAUCAGCAAUGGAGGGUUGGGUGUAAUGUAUAAAGGAGUUCUUGAAGAUGGAACCAUGGCAGCCAUUAAGAGGCUUCACAGAGAUGGAAAGCAAGGGGAGCGUGGUUUUAGGAUGGAGGUGGAUCUACUAAGCCGCUUGAGCUGUCCUUACUUAGUGAAGCUAUUAGGCUACUGUGCUGACCAGCACCAUAGAAUACUAAUAUAUGAAUUCAUGCCCAGUGGUAAUCUUCAACAGCAUCUUCAUCAUCCCAGCAAUCAACAUAGGCCAUUGGAUUGGGGAAACCGGUUAAUCAUAGCACUGGAUUGUGCUAGAGGCCUUGAGUUCCUCCAUGAACAUGCCUCCCCUACUGUUAUCCACCGUGACUUUAAGUGCAGCAAUAUAUUACUCGAUGAAAACCUUCGAGCCAAGGUCUCCAAUUUUGGAUUGGCCAAAAUGGGCUCAGACAAGAUCAAUGGUCAGAUUUUGACACGCGUGUUGGGAACCACCGGCUAUCUAGCUCCCGAAUACGCUUCCAAAGGCAAACUUACCACAAAAUCAGAUGUCUACAGCUAUGGUGUGGUGCUUUUACAGCUUUUAACAGGCCGCGUACCGGUUGACAUCAAGAGGCCACCUGGAGAACAUGUCCUUGUUUCAUGGGCACUUCCAAGGUUAACAAACAGAGAGAAAAUUGACGAAAUGGUUGAUCCAGCUAUACAAGGACAGUAUUCAAAGAAGGAUCUAAUUCAGGUGGCUGCCAUUGCUGCUAUGUGUGUGCAACCAGAAGCUGAUUAUCGACCUCUAAUGGUGGAUGUUGUGCAGUCACUGGUCCCUUUAGUUAAAAAUUUUAACUCUUCUGCUUCCAUUAGGUUUCAUUGACAAACCUCCAGUCACAAGAAUCAUUAAUACCUUUGAGAAUUGCAAAGCCACAUAUUCCUUUCCCUUUUCUUCUUGUUGCAUAAAAUAGGAAAAGAAUCUACAUUGUCAGAAUGACAAAAACAGCCUUAUCAAUCCAUAUUAUCCGGAUUCAAGGGUAAAGUAAAUGUUAAAUACAAGCAUAUAUCCUACAUGGGUAUUUUUUUUUUUUUAAUAUGCUUAGAAGUUCGUAUCCUUGUACUCUUUUUUGAAAUUGUCGGCCAUUGGUACUUCGAGAAAAAAAAAAAGCUUCUGACUCCAAUCGGCUAAGUAACGGACUCAUAUCUGGAAUAUAAGUUCAUUUUCCCUUGGCCACAAAUAAGCUUCUUUACAUUCAUAUUAUUGUAUAAAUUUGUUGUAAAAUGAUUGAUAAAGACAAUAUUAUUCUCUUUUUAGAAGCCAUAA